AUGAAACCUAUAUUUCUUGAAAUUGUAUGCUUAAUAAUCAACCAACUUCAAAAUUAUCGUAAAAUACGUAUACAUGAAUUAAAUAUUGCAAAUUCUAAAACUAUUUUAUUCAUUAAACGAUUCGAUAAACCAAUAUGUGCAAGUAAUAAUAGUAAUGGACGUAAUAAAAGUAAAGGUUCAUAUGGUAAUGUUGAUAAUUGUUUAGUACGUUCAUAUAAUUCUGCAACAAGUUCAAUAAGAAUAUUAUUUAAUGAUGAUAUUAUUGAUCAACUUGAAACCGUUCUUUGUUCUUCAUUAACAUGUUCAUUAUUUAAUGAAUUUCUAUUUUCAUUUGAUCGUUGUUAUAAUGUAUAA